UCACCCAGCGGCAUAUGCAGCAGGUAGCUCUAGGCAUCUCAGAAAACACAGCCAUGCCUUCGAUGCCAGACUUGCUGGAAGAGAAGCUUCGAUCCCAACUGGAGGAAGAAAAGAGAAGGUAUAAGAUAAUGUUCACCCGCCUGAAGGCCCUGAAGGUGGAGAUCGAGCACUUGCAGCUGCUCAUGGACAAGGCCAAGGUGAAGCUGCAGAAAGAGUUUGAAGCCUGGUGGACAGAGGAAGCUGCCAGCCUGCAGGUAAACUCGCCAGCAAUGAAUUCACUCACUCACAUGAAGCCCUUUCCCCAGACGCCUGAGUCCCAGCAGGAGAGGCCUCAGCUUGUCUCUAACAAAAGCGAAGUGAACGCCAGGAAAAUCUUGUCCUCGCCUUACCCCACCCCACAGAGCCGGGAGCACAACAGCACCAGAGCCCCCCUGGAAGGCAGCAUCCCUGAGAGGCCAGCAUCAUCUGUCCCUCUCACCGGGGACAGCCAGACGGACUCGGACAUACUGGCAUUCAUUAAGGCCAGACAGAGCAUUCUGCAGAAGAAAUGUAAGUGCACCUUCCUCCAGGGCUCUGCUCACCAACCGUUGGGUGAGGGAGGGGGAAGGCCAGAGUGAGCUGAGAAGGAAGUCGGAAGCGUCCUGCAUAUUCCUGAAACCACAGGACUGACCCUGUGGUCACCUCACACGUGCCUAGCAUCUGCUUCCUCCAGGAAAAAGCUCCAAGAGGCAGCAUCACAAACACCAAGACAGGCUCAAAGGGGUGCAGGCCCAGGUGUUCCCGCCCUACUUGGCAAAGCUUCCUUCCCUCUUCCAGAUCUUCGGCUCCUUGUGUUCUCUGUCCCCAAAGCCAGCUCACCUCUGUUCAGCCUUCUCCAUACAAGAAGGGGCUGAGUGAUGAUUUGGUGGCGUGAGUCCCUGGCUAGAAUUAUCAUUCUCCUGUUGGAGCCUGGUUCUUACCAAUGAGUUGUAGACAUAAUCACCAU